AUGGAAGAACACACGUACGUCUUCCACAUCACCAUGACCUGCAGCGGCUGCUCAGGCGCUGUCGAGCGUGUUCUCAAGAAGAUGAGCGGAGUCAAGUCGUUUGAUGUCAGCCUCGAGAACCAAACCGCCCAGGUCGUCACCAGCAGUUUGUCCUACGAAACCGUCCUGGAGGCCCUCAAGAAGACUGGCAAGACCAUUACCAAGGGCGAGGACGACGGCGUCGAGAGGGCUGUUUGA